AUGAACGUUGGGCCCCACGAUGCGCGGGUCUUGCACGGACCCAAAGCCCCGUUCAUCGUAUACGGUUCCAACUCGAUAUUCGCCUGCUUCGGACAGUUCAUGCAGGACUUCCGAACUCUCGGAGACUGGGGCUUCGAGAUGUCGUUGGAUCAAGGUUUCGGUCUGGGAACGGAGCUCCAGCGUCCUGCUCCUUGGGGCAUGAUGGAGAAGAACUGGUUUCCGUUCUGGGACGAAGAGGGCGCAGUCUACGUCCACCACGACGUGGCGCCGAAGCGAGUCUUUGCGAAGUUGAACGCGGACGGCUCCGUAGGCCCGGAUCUCGCGCCGUUGGCUGCCGGAGACGAGGCUUGCAUGAGCAAGUACAUGCCGAAGCUGCCGCCGGAUCUCGAAUCGAUACACCAGGCGACGAAUUCGCUGAGCAUCACGUUUUGCAAGCGCAGCGACCCGACUUGCCAAGCCACCAGUGACAACACCUUUGUCUUUACGGUGUUCCAGCAUAAAACCUUUUAUCAGUUCCACAGCGAGUACGAACCGUAUGUGAUGGUGUUUCGACAAAAGGCCCCGUUCGAGGUGUUCGCAAUGUCAAAGAGACCGAUAUGGAUACACGGCCGAGAGGAGAAACUCGGCGGAGGGUCCGACAUGUUUUAUGUGACUUCAAUGAGCUGGAAGAGGCAAGACCAGAGAUAUCACGGGUUCUUGGAUGAUGUUUUGUUCCUCUCAUUUGGCAUUGAAGAUGAGAGGACUGGCGCUAUUGAUGUCUUGGCCGAGGACUUACUGGCUGAACUUGGGACUUGCUUGGAUGCUUGA